AUGAAUAGAUCAAAGGAAGACUUCAUGUUAGAAGACGAGGUAGCACGAUCAAGGGUCGAUGUAAUUGAGACAUGGGAAUACGACGCAUGGGAUUUAUGCUAUUCAUGGAAGCCCGCAUGUAUGAAGCAAGAGGGCAGGCCCGAGAUAGAACUCUCUAUCAAGCAUCUCAUGAGAGGCAUACUGAGUCCACUUUCCAACCCCCUUCAGGUCGUAUCGGCCUUUCUAACUUCGAACUUCGGAUUCCGCGUCGCACACUACCGCGUAGGGCGUCCUAGUCAAAUGCAAGUGGCAAGGCGCACAGGUCUAAGACCCAUCCCUUUUAGCAUACCCCUGCGCUAA